CUCUCUCUCUCUCUCCUGCCGCUCUAGCCUGGUCCACUCUGUGGCGGAAGCGGAAGCGACUCUGCUUCCGGUGCCGUAAAGCGCGCGCUCCCGGGGCCCCUCUCGGGAUGCAUCGGCGCUUUUGCGGCAGUGUCCAAGAUGGCGGCAGCGGUGGCGAUGGCGAUGCGGGGGGCGAGCCCGGACUGGACGCGUCAGGCGGAGACCACCGGGACAACCAUCAUGGCUGUGGAAUUUGAUGAUGGCGUCGUCAUCGGCGCCGACUCCAGGACCACCACUGGCUCCUACAUUGCUAACCGAGUCACAGACAAGUUGACGCAGAUCCACGAGCACAUCUUCUGCUGCCGGUCAGGCUCAGCGGCUGAUACACAGGCCAUUGCUGAGGCCGUCACCUACCAGCUGGGCUUCCACAGCAUUGAGCUGGACGAUCGCCCCCUGGUGCACACGGCAGCUAACCUGUUCAAGGAGGCAUGCUACCGGUACCGAGAGGACCUGACAGCUGGGAUUUUGGUGGCCGGCUGGGACAAGCGCAAAGGAGGCCAGGUAUACUCUGUGCCCAUGGGGGGGAUGAUGGUGCGGCAGCCCUUCUCCAUCGGGGGCUCCGGCAGCUCCUACAUUUACGGCUUUGUUGAUGCCUCCUACAAGCCCGGCAUGACCAAGGAGGAGUGCUUGAGCUUCACUGCCAACGCCCUCUCCCUGGCCAUGGAUCGCGACGGCUCCAGCGGGGGCGUCAUCCGCCUGGCUGCCAUCACAAAGGACGGUGUGGAACGCAAGGUCAUUUUGGGCAACGAGCUGCCUCGCUUCUCCUCCCACUGAAAUGGGGGGUGCCCCCCAAGAGCACUGUUUAGGGCUUGAGGACUUUAUUAAAAUCGGAAUGUCUAAGAA